AUGAAUCAGCCUCAAGUCUCGGACUUGCAGAAAGGCUCCUGGAAAAUCAUAUGGAAGCUGAAGGUGCCCGAGAAGGUCAAGCAUUUUCUCUGGAAAGCUUGCACCAACUCGCUGCCCACUAAAGAUAACCUUCUGAAGCGAAAAAUUCUCAAGGAAUCGGGCUGUGCUCGCUGUUCUGGGGACUCGGAAUCUGUUGUGCAUGCUCUUUGGAGUUGUAGUUGCAUCCAAGUUGUUUGGGAGACAGAAUUCGGAUGGGUGGACAGGAGCUUAAUGACCCUUGCUUCUUUCUCGGAAGUUCUGCAAAAAAUCCGAGUCAAACCGUCUUUGCUUCUGUUAUUUGCUGUUACGGCGUGGUCAAUCUGGUAUCAAAGGAACAAAGCUCGCCUCAAUGAAAAUCCCCUGCCUAUUCACAAUAUCGCUGAUUUUUCCAAGAACUACCUCUGUGAAUUCAGGGGGGUGGACAGUCACCAUUCCCACAGAUGA